UCAUUGCAUGUCACUACCCAUAUUUUGCCUCCAGAAGUUGAAAUCAAGUUAUACUCAAAGCUAGAGUGCUGGACUCUUGGUUACUCUGCAUUGAGACAUAAACUAUGGAGGGGAAGAGAGAGGAGAACAAGCCGAAAGUAAGAGACCAAACCCGGUAUAGAGGAACUCGGAGGAGGCCAUGGGGCAGGUAUGCAGCAGAAAUUCGGGACCCUACGAGAAAUGGGGCACGUCUAUGGUUAGGUACAUUUGACACGGCCGAACAGGCAGCAAGGGAUUAUGAUCGAGCUGCUUUUCGUCUUCGAGGGAAUUUAGCUAUCCUCAACUUCCCAAAUGAAUACCAAUACCAUAACUCAUCAACCAGCUCUUUCGUCGCAUCAGAUUCCACCUCUUCAUCAGCUGCCAUUUCUUCUGUUGCUGCUGAUGACAAUGGGAAGCCUUUCUGCAAACAAGAAAGUGAAGUUAUUGUGUUCGAGUAUGUGGACAAUAUGAUCUUGGAGGAGCUUCUUGCAGUUAAAGAAGAUACACAUGGAAACUAAGGAAAACAUGAGUUUUAGCUUGACUGAUUUACAUCAUCAUUCUUCUUUACUUUCAAAUUCGAUAACGAAAAUCACAAUAAAGGGUUUGUAAGUUUGUUGCUGUAAUUCAUUUACCUUGGUUGUGGGUGUGAC